AUGGAAAGACACCAUCGUCUAAUGCCAAGAUCGUAUAAGAGAAAGUUGAGCUCAGGGUCGAUAACAGUAUCAGAUGGGAUUCAAUUAAAGCGUAAAAAGUUUCAGAAUGACCAGUUAACGUCUAAUAGGAACUUGGGCGGCUCCUCCUUAACAAUGAUUCCUGAUCGGUUUAUUCCGAACGAAACGUCAAUAAAGGCCUACAGGGCGUCACCUAAUCUACAGAAUUUCGAUCUCACCAUUAAUGAGCUUGCUGACCCGGAUUCUCAGAGGAGAUUACCUUCACCUGAGUUCUUUACAUCGCAAGAUUUGCUGUUAAAUCAGCUUAUACUAACCCCGGACCAGUCGCCUUUGGCAGGUAAAGAAGUGAAAACCAGGUUGAAUGAGGAGUUUAAGAGACAUAGGGAGUAUAUAGCAGAUGCGCUUGGGUUCCAAUCACCGGAGCGUGUGUACAAGUUCGACAGGACGCAGAAGACGCUAGGUAUCUCUCCGAAUCACUCCAUUGUUGAUCCUUUAUUAUCUACUUUGCCGCCGAAGGAUGCAGCACAAUAUAUCCAUAGACAAGAGUUCCCUAACUUUGAGCAAUCCAGGAGGUUUGUGCCAUGCGAUCUAAGGCCGAAGAAGAGGACGAAGUCGCACAUCCCAUAUCGUGUUCUUGAUGCGCCAGCUCUAAGGAACGAUUUCUACUCCAACUUGGUUGAUUGGUCGCCCGCGACCAACAACGUUGUUGUUGGGUUGAAUUGUUCAGUAUAUCUCUGGUCAGACACCUUGGGCCCGAUAAACGUACUUCAUCAUGGAUACUUGCAAAGAAAAGGAGAUAUAGUCACCUGCGUGUCAUUUGCUCCAACGGACGAUUAUUUGGUGGUUGCAACUAAACUGGGACGCUUGCUCGUGUUUGAUCAAUCCUACAAGCCCAAAGUAAUGGUAGAUGGGUCUAGACAGCCCCUAGUCGAGACUAGAAUCAAUAAUAACAGGGGAAUAUGCUGUGUGAAAUGGUUUCAAAAUACUAAAAAUGAGUUUUUAUUAGGCAAUGACAUAGGUGAAGUUCAUCGAUUUAGGUUGGAACACAAAAAAUUCGAACACUUUGAAAUAAUAACGAUGGGUGAGGCAGAAAGAAGAUUAAGAGUGGGAAAAGAUUUGAAUGGACAUGUGUCUGGAGUAGAAAGAGUGAAGCAGAAAUCAUAUAAUAUCAAAGAAACUUUAGUAAAAUAUGUGUAUGAGACCAUGGAAUUAUGUUUAGAGAGCGUUUACACAUUCCAGUCUCAGACACAGCAGGUUUGCGGAUUGGACAUUAGCGAAGAAACCGGAUAUGUGGCUGUAGGCGGAAAUGAUAACUCCUGUAGUCUAUGGGAUAUAUCCUUACCCAAUGGCCCGCCAAAAUUACUAUUCCAAUUAUCCCAUUAUGCCGCGGUUAAAGCAGUCUCCUUCUGCCCUUGGUCCAAGUCGCUCUUGGCGACGGGCGGAGGAAGUAAGGACCGAACAAUUCGCUUCUGGCAUGCGCCUUCAGGAACAUUAUUAAAGGAGAUAAAAACCCCUGGGCAAAUCACAUCCCUAAUCUGGUCAACCAGGAGAAAGCAAAUUGUUGCAACUUUUGGCUUCAGCGAUCUAGAAAGUCCUACACUAUUCAUAAGCUAUUCUUAUCCAAGCAUGGAACCCAUCAUGAAAGUCACUACCCCGAGCGCACUCCGCGUUUUAAGUGCUGUUUCUUCCCCAGAUUUUUCGAAUAUCUGCAUUGCUACAAAUGAUGAAACAGUUAGGUUUUAUGAGAUGUGGGAUCCAAAGGAAUCUACUAUUAUUGAAGCACAGGCCAGUGGUUUAUAUGGCAGCGAAAUUAUCGAACAUGAGGAAGGUAUUGAGCACGAUACAGUACCAAUCAGGUAG